GCCCACACCUGCAGAGAUUGAGACGCUGAAGAAGAAACCGUGAGACAGAAAUGUUCCCGAGACUUCAGAGCUGCUGUUAGACCUGGAACCCGCCCGGACUGACCCCCCCCCCACCCACCCUCCCCAGGGAUCAGACCCCCACUUGGACCCAGUCCCGGUCCUGACCCGGACCCACCUGAGACCCGAAACCCCUUACCUUUUACCUGAAGAUCCGGAAGUGAGCUGCAGACAUGGGCAGUAAGGAGCGCUACCAUUGGCUGGCGCAGAACGUGAAGGUGAGCGGCGUGGACGACAUGGUGCUGCUGUCCAAGAUCAGCGAGGACGCCAUCACGGAGAACCUGAAGAAGAGAUACAACGACGACUACAUCUUCACCUACAUCGGGGCAGUUCUGAUCUCUGUGAAUCCGUUCAAACAGCUGCCCUACUUCACCGACCGAGAGGUGGAGCUCUACCAGGGAGCGGCGCAGUAUGAGAACCCCCCCCACAUCUACGCCCUGGCGGACACCAUGUACCGGAACAUGAUGAUUGACAGCGAGAACCAGUGUGUCAUCAUCAGCGGGGAGAGCGGAGCGGGAAAAACUGUGGCGGCUAAAUACAUCAUGAGCUACGUGUCCAAAGUGUCCGGAGGAGGAGACAAAGUCCAGCAUGUUAAAGACAUCAUCCUGCAGUCCAACCCCCUGCUUGAGGCUUUUGGUAACGCUAAAACCGUCCGCAACAACAACUCCAGCAGAUUUGGGAAGUACUUUGAGAUCCAGUUCAGCCGGGGGGGGGCUCCUGAUGGAGGGAAGAUCUCCAACUUCCUGCUGGAGAAGAGUCGGGUCGUCUCUCAGAACCCAGGAGAGAGGAGCUUCCACAUCUACUACCAGCUGUUGGGGGGGGCGACCUCGGAGCAGAGGGAGAACCUCGGGGUCACGACCCCCGACUAUUACUUCUACCUGAACCAAUCAGGAACCUACACCGUGGAGGACAUCAACGACAAGAAGGAGUUCGCCGACACCAUAGAGGCGAUGUCGGUAGUAGGUCUGUCCUCCGAGGACCAGGACUCGGUUCUUCAGCUGGUUGCAGGAAUUCUUCAUUUGGGGAACAUCAGCUUCAGAGAGGAGAACAACUACGCUGUGGUGGAGAGCCAGGACUUCCUGGCUUUCCCGGCCUUCCUGCUGGGCGUCCCUCAGGAUGGGCUGUGCAGUAAACUGACCAGCAGGAUGAUGGACAGUAAGUGGGGGGGGAAGUCUGAGUCCAUCGCUGUGACGCUGAACACGGAGCAGGCCUGCUUCUCCAGAGACGCUCUGUCCAAAGCUGUGUACACCCGGCUGUUCAACUUCCUCGUAGACUGCAUUAACAAAGCCAUGCAGAAGGAUCAGGAGGAGUUCAACAUCGGAGUCCUCGACAUCUACGGCUUCGAGAUCUUCCAGAGGAACGGCUUCGAGCAGUUCUGCAUCAACUUUGUGAACGAGAAGCUGCAGCAGAUCUUCAUCGAGCUCACGCUGAAGGCAGAGCAGGAAGAGUAUGUGCAGGAGGGGAUCCAAUGGACACCCAUCGAGUAUUUCAACAACAAAGUGGUCUGUGACCUCAUCGAGUCCAAACUGAACCCCCCCGGGUUGAUGAGCAUCCUGGACGACGUGUGUGCGACGAUGCAUGCUAAAGGUGAGGGCGCUGACCAGACGCUGCUGCAGAAGCUGCAGGGCCAGGUCGGGUCCCACGAGCACUUCAGCAGCUGGAACAAAGGCUUCAUCGUGCACCACUAUGCCGGGAAGGUGUCCUAUGAUGUCAGUGGUUUCUGUGAGAGGAACAGAGACGUGUUGUUUAAUGACAUCAUCGAGCUGAUGCAGGGCAGCGAGUUUCCGUUCAUCAGGGCUCUGUUUCCUGAGAACCUGGAUGCGGAGAAGAGAGGGCGACCGAGCACUGCCAGCACUAAGAUCAAGAAACAAGCCAACAGUCUGGUGCAGACCCUGAUGAAGUGCACCCCCCACUACAUCCGCUGCAUCAAACCCAACGAGACCAAGCGGCCCCGGGACUGGGAGGAGAACCGGGUCCGUCACCAGGUGGAGUACCUGGGCCUGCGGGAGAACAUCCGGGUCCGCCGGGCCGGGUACGCCUACAGACGGGUCUUCAACAAGUUCCUGCACAGGUACGCCAUCCUCACCAAGGAGUCCUGGCCCAGCUGGACCGGAGACCAGCGGCAGGGGGUCCUGCACCUCCUCAACUCAGUCCACAUGGACCAGGACCAGUUCCAACUGGGCAAGAGCAAGGUGUUCAUCAAGGCCCCGGAGUCGCUUUUCCUGUUGGAGGAGAUGAGGGAGAGGAAGUAUAACGGUUACGCUCGGGUCAUCCAGAAGGCCUGGCGUAAACACAUCGCUGUCCGCAAGUACGUGAAGAUGAGGGAGGAAGCCUCUGACGUCCUGCUGAACAAGAAAGAGCGCCGCAGGAACAGCAUCAACAGGAACUUUGUGGGCGACUACCUUGGCACCGACAACCACCCCGAGAUCAGGCAGUUUGUCGGCCGCAGAGAGAGGAUCGACUUCGCCGACGUGGUGGUGAAGUUUGACCGCAGAUUCAGGACGGUGAAGCGGGACCUCAUCCUGACCCCCAAGUUCCUGUACCUGAUUGGUCGAGAGAAGGUGAAGCAGGGUCCGGAUAAAGGCCGGAUCCAGGAGGUUCUGAAGAGGAAGAUCGAGAUCAACAAGAUCCAGUCCGUGUCCCUGAGUACGCUGCAGGACGACUUCUUCAUUGUCCAUGAGGAAGAGUACGACAGCGUCCUUCAGAGCGUGUUUAAGACGGAGUUCCUGAGUCUGCUGGUGAAGCGCUUCCAGGAGAAAACGGAGAAGAAGCUGCCGCUGAAGUUCAACAACCUUCUGGAGUUUAAGGUGAAGAAGGGGGGCUGGGGUCCGUUCAGCUCCUCGGGGUCCCGGCAGAUCCAGUUCCAGGCGGGUCAGGGGGAUGAGGCCAUCUUGAAGCCCAGCGGGAAGGUCCUGCAGGUCUCCGUCGGACCGGGUCUGCCCAAAAACUCCAGACCGACGAGGAAGGACACCCGGAAGAGCCGUUACAUGGGGAAACAGACUCCGUCCAGUCAGUACAGCUCCGCUCCUCGCCCCAGAGGACGUGGCCCCCCCAGCAGAGGCUCCUCCUCCUCACGGCGCUCCCUGCUGAGACAGUCAACCAUGGAGCAGCCCAGCCUGCCCCGCCUCCAGAACCAGCGCCGCCACGACCAGCAGACCCCCAAACACCACGACAUGGGUUUCAUGAACGUCCCCGACCAGGGUGCCGCAGGGCUGCAGCGCCGUCGUUCCAAGGAGGUGAAGCCACUUCCCGGAGCGGGUCGACCCAAACCAGCUCCCAAGCCCAAGCCCCGGGCCCCGCAGUGCCGGGCCCUGUACGCCUACGAUGCCCAGGACACCGACGAGCUCAGUUUCAACGCUGAGGAGGUCAUCGAGAUACUCACAGAGGACCCCUCUGGUUGGUGGUUCGGUCGGUUGCGGGGCAGGGAGGGGAUGUUCCCUGGAAACUACGUGGAGAAGAUCUAGACUUCCUCUCCGGGGGCUCAAGGCUCACCGGAGCUUUCAACACAUCAGCUGACGGGAAGCUGAAUUCAAGUCCAUUCAUAAACACACACAUUUAUACCAGUCAGAGAGGUCAGGGUAUCAUGCUCUUACCUGCUGAGGUUAAAUGUCCCCGUAACGCUGUGUGCACUCAGGUUAAAUGUCCCCGUAACGCUGUGUGCACUCAGGUUAAAUGUCCCCGUAACGCUGUGUGCACUCAGGUUAAAUGUCCCCGUAACGCUGUGUGCACUCAGGUUAAAUGUCCCCGUAACGCUGUGUGCACUCAGGUUAAAUGUCCCCGUAACGCUGUGUGCACUCAGGUUAAAUGUCCCCGUAACGCUGUGUGCCUGUUUUUAUUCAACAUGAAACCGGAGUUAAUUCAGUGUGCAGCAGUUUGAUCAAACGUCCCAUAAGUGUUAGCAUGUAAUCCUCUUGUUGCAGCGCCUCCUACAGGCUCCAGUGUUUAUUAUAACCCAGUGUUGACCGAACGAUCCCUUAACGAGAUAAAACUUUGAUAAACUAAAAAAGUAAAUCAACAUUUUAUUCAUCUGAACAUUAAACUCGACUGAACUCGUGAAAAAUCUGCAAGUUUUAUUUUUUCUGAUGGAACGAUAUAAUUCACAUGAAAUGGGGGAAAUAAAAUACAUGACAAUUACAGAACAGAAUAAAUCUGCACCUUUAAGUCUGUGUCUUUGUGGACCGUCGGUCUGUCUGUUUAAUGUUUUAAUUAUCCUGAGUUGAUUUUAACCAGACAAUAAACAUUUCAGUGCGAACUUGA